CGCGUCAGGCUUCCCCGCGCGCGGCCCAGCCCCGGGGCGGUGGCCUCUAGAGGGCGCAGGGCAAACGCCCCCGUCCCACAGACGGGCUGGGGAGACGCGUGCUGGGGGACUGCUCACACCGGGGAGUCCCUUGGGGAGGGCGCUGGACCGCCCUGUCGCGGCUGGAGCCUUGUUGGGGCCGCAUCAGCGGCGGGAGCGCAGCGCCAAGGAGGCGCAGGGACUCGCCAGCCGCCGGGUGCCUCACGGCCGCCGACUUCCUGGACAGCAGGCGGUGGGCGGGAGGCCGGAGGUUUCCCGCUGGAACCGCGCGCAGGACCGAUCGGACGCCCCGGGGAUGGCAGAGUUUCUUCCAGGUAUGGAUAUGUUGCAGCAGAUCAUCUCCUUAGGCUGGCUUGUCUACAAACAGUGUGAAGAAGUGAAAUACUGCCAGAAACAGUGCCAGCGUCUGAGGAACCGGGUCUAUGGCCUGCUGCAGCUGCUGCAAAUGCUCCAGGACCAAGGGGACAGGCACCCGUCCGCUGAACUAACCACUGCCCUGACCCGCUUCCAGGCUGUCCUACAGGAAGCUAAGGCAAGGAUAGAUACCUUCGGUGAUAAAUCCAAGGUCUGGAAGUUUGUUACAGCAGUGCAUAACAAAAUACUCUUCAGGGACGUGAAUGAGAGUCUGAGGGACAUGGUGCAGGACCUCUCUCUGCUGCUUCAGGUGGAUCAACAGACGUUUACUUCAAACAUCAGCCAAAAAGCAGUCUGGCAACAGGAAGACCAGCAGGAUGCGGAGGAAGACUUGCAAGUCUUCCAAAGGCAGAGAACUGAAAAUGAAAUUAUAGAUGCUAUCUCAAGGCAAAUGGAGAGUAACAGGAAAAAUGUCAUCGAAAUUGUGAGACACUACUUAGCGAAAUCUUCCAUGAAGGAGAUCCCACAAGAUCAAAUCAAAGAGAUCGAUAAGGAGCAGCUUUCAGGACGCAAAUGGAUCCUGCUAAGGGAAACGGAAUUCAGCACACUUUAUAAAGGAGAAUACCACAAAUCUCCAGUGGCCAUAAAAGUAUUCAAUAAACCCCAGGCCAGAAACAUUGGAAUAGUGAGGCAUACUUUCAGUAAUGAGAUCAAAGCCAUGAAGAAAUUUGAUUCUUCCAACAUCCUGCGUAUAUUUGGAAUUUGCAUUGAUGAAACAGUAAGCCCCCCUCAAUUCUCCAUUGUCAUGGAAUACUGUGAGCUUGGGACCCUGAGAGAACUGCUGGACAAGGAGAAGGACCUCAUAUUUGCAAAGCGUAUCGUCCUGGCCCUGGGGGCAGCCAUGGGCUUAUACAGGCUGCACCAUUCGGAAGUGCCCGCACAGCUCCACAGAAACAUCAACAGCAUGAGCUUCCUGGUUGCGGGAGGCUACAAAGUGAAGCUUGCAGGAUUUGAGUUGAGCAAAACGCAGACUUCCAUCAGUCGACAAAGUAAAGGAAAAGAAGAAGAGGAAGUCAAUUUGUCAGCAUAUGUCUCACCUCAGAUACUGGAAAAUGUGUUUAAUAAAUAUGACAUAAAAGCUGAAAUAUACAGCUUUGGAAUCGUCCUCUGGGAAAUCGCCACCGGAAAGGUCCCGUUUGAAGGCUGUAAUUCUAAGAAGAUCCACCAGCUGGUGGCUGUGAACCACUACCAAGAGCCUCUGGGUGAAAACUGCCCUCUCGAGCUGCAGGAGAUCAUUGUUGAUUGCCGGGCGUAUGAGCCCUCCAGGAGGCCCUCUGUUAAUGACAUCUUAGAGAAGCUGUCUGCCUUUCACUAAGCUGUGUAUUGAAACCGAAACUAAGGAGUCCCUUGACAAGAAACUGGAAAAGGCACAAGUGGGCAUCUUUCUCUCUCACAUCCUUUGGCAUGGAGUCAUGUAUGAGUGCCGGGAGGCAGCACUUCUCUGUUACAAACAGAGAACAAUUCCAGUCAUCCCACUCCAAAUGAUAUUGUCAAAAAUACACCUUUAAUAUUGACUGUGAUAGAUGUUCUGUAAAAACAUCUCUCUCUGUAUCCACACCUCUUGGCAAUGUGACUUUUCAGCUCCUUCCAUCAAGAAGUGGAGUCUACUUCUCCGCCAUUUGAAUCUGGGUUGGCAUUGUGAUUUGCUUUGGCCAAUGGAAUUGUAGAAGUGACAAUGUGCUGGUUCCAAGCCCAGGCUUCAAGAGGACUUACAAACUUCCACUCCCUCUCUUGGCACCCUAUCCAGCCAUGAGCAAGCUAGUGUGGCGGAGGAUGAGAGACCACAUGGAGCAGAGACAACCUGUCCCAGCUGAGGCCAUACUACACCAGCCAGCCAGCAGCUGUCACAUGAGUGAGUCCAGUCAAGACCAGAAGAAGCACACAGCUGGGCCAGUCCAAACUGCCCAUUCAUAAAAUCAUGACCUAACAAAUUUUGUUGUCUUAAGCCACUACGAUUUGGGGUGAUUUGUCACACAACAGUAAUAACAGAGCAAACACUAUUCAAUCCUUUCUGUUUCCCAUUGAACUAAGUACAAAUUUCCCCAUUUGGAUACCCAUGGCCUUGUAUCUCUCACCUCAACCCAACUUCCUGUAUCAUGUCCCAGAGUUCUUCUACCAGACACUGCAAACUCUAAUGCCUAUAAGAUCUAGGAGGGAACCUAAAUGAGUGAGUUGAGCCUGGAGGGGACAUCUGCUCACAAAUGAGCUUUGUGAAGGACAGCCUCCACUCAGCUCCAGCCUAUUUUUAUCAUACAGGAGACAGAUCCCAGUGUUUCCAGAGGUUUCCAUUUUGUCAAAAAAAGCUGGAAAUUCAUAUUUUUUCUGUAAACUGUCCACAUUUUUAAAGGUUGGCAUCUCAUUAAAAAUUACUUCAGAAGCAACUUAAGUGUCCUUCAGUAGAUGAAUGGAUAAAGAAGAGGUGGUACACAUACACAAUGGAAUAUUACUCAGCCAUAAGAGGAAAACAAGUCCUACCAUUUGCAACAACAUGGAUGGAGCUAGAGGGUAUUAUGCUCAGUGAGAUAAGCCAGGCAGAGAAAGACAAGUACCAAAUGAUUUCACUCAUCUGUGGAGCAUAAGAACAAAGCAAAAACUGAAGGAACACAACAGCAGCAGACUCACAGAACCCAAGAAUGGACUAACAGUUACCAAAGGGAAAGGGACUGGGGAGGAUGGGUGGGUAGGGAGGGAUAAGGGGAUUAAGGGACAUUAUGAUUAGCACAUGUAAUGUAGGGGGGCAGCACAGGGAAGGCAGCACAGCACAGAGAAGACAAAUAGUUACUCUAUAGCAUCUUACUAUGCUGAUGGACAGUGACUGUAAUGGGGUAUGUGGUGGGGACUUGAUAAUGGGGGGAAUCUAGUAACCACAAUGUUGCUCAUGUAAUUGUACAUUAAUGAUACCAUAAUAAUAAUUUUAAAAAAGCAAAUGAACCAAUCCAAAGAGGAAAAAAAAGUAGAUCAUGCUGACAGUGGCAGAGCAGGCUAGUACCAUUGUCAAAUUCACCACAGAAGUCUUAAAUUCUCUGUUUAGUCUGAAUAGACCCAGAAAGAUAUUGUUUUAGCUGGUUCAGAAUGUGAUUGGUGAGUCUGUUUGAAAUUCUGUAUUUUCCAUCACAGAGCGCUGGAUGUGAUAAAUGGGCUGGGGUAUGAUGGUUAAUAACCGAUUUCAAGGACAGCUAGAAUAUCCUUCAGGCUGAAUUAGGGUGAAGUACCAAGAACCUGCUACAUACUCAUAGGCUCUGUGAAAGCUGUACAUAUCCAAGGGUAGUUUUUUCCAAAUACAAAGAUUCUUUAUUUCCUUCUUUUUCUACCCCACCCUCAACUCUCCUCGCAUGAUUGUGACAAUGGUGUCCGUCAAAUUGCUCAUCAGAUUUUGGCUAAAUAGCACCCUUUGGCAUUUUAAAUAAAGACCUGGUGGUUGUCAUGUGGCAGAGGGUGGAGGGUGGGCCAAGUGGGUGAAGGGAAUAAAGAGGUGCAGGUUUCCAAUUAUAAAACAAGUUAGUCUGACUGUACUGAUGGGCAGUGACUGCAAUGGGGUAAUGGGGGGGACAUGAUAAUAUGGGUGAAGGUAGUAACCACAUUGUUUUUUCAUGUGAAACCUUCAUAAGAGUGUAUAUCAAUAAUAUCUUAAUAAAAAAAUUAAGUAAAACUAGUCACGGGGAUAAAAGUACAUCAUAGGGAACAUAGUCAAUAAUAUUGCAAUCUUUGUAUAAUGGCAGGUGGUAAUUAUACUUAUUGUGGUGAGCAUUUAGUAAUGUACAUAACUGUCAAAUCACUAUGUUGUACACUUGAAACCAAGGUAAUAUUGUAUAUCAACCAUACUUAAAUAAAUAAAUUAAUAAAA